AUGAAGGGUUCUUACAGUUCCAACUGUCUUCUGCUUCUGCUGAUUGUUUGCUUUUCUACGAGCUUUAAUCUUCUAUGUGCUGCUGAUCCCACAGAUGGCUUCACCUUAGUGCCAUUAAGCGACGGAAAUUUCGUUCUGCAAAAACCUUAUAAUUUACCACUUGCAGAUAGAUAUAGUGAUGCAAGUGGAGUCAGAAGAUUUUGGGUCUAUACCAAUGAUAAGCCAUUCAAAUCUAGAAGUGGUACCAGACCCCGAACAGAAGUUCGCAUUAAGGGCCAAGAUUAUUCAUCCGGGAUUUGGCAAUUUGAAGGCUAUGCAUAUGUUCCAACAGGAACUUCUGGAGUGACAAUAAUGCAAAUCCAUGGUGCAAGUGAAGGAGCUACAACUUUACAGCUGAGGAUUUAUGAUGGUGAUAUGAAAUACUAUAAAUUUGACGUGGUGGCAACUGAUCUUUACGAUAAGUGGUUCAGAUUGAAUGUGAUUCAUGAUGUUGAUGAAGGGAAGAUCACAGUUUUCAUUAAUGGAGUUAAAAAGUAUGUGGUGAAUGAUCAAGGACCUGGAGACCUGUAUUUUAAGUGUGGUGUAUAUGCUGCACCAGAAAAUUCAAGCAAAUAUAUGGAAUCAAGAUGGAAAAAUAUCAAAAUAUACAAGAAAUGA